UUAAUUGUCGCAGAAUAAAUUAAACGAGAAAAUGUAGUCCAAUCACUACAAAGAUCAUGCUUGUAUAAGUGCGAGGGAUCCUACAUACUAUGCCAUAUCCUUCCCGUCAACUAGCAAACUCUUCGACCUGCUCCAUACCCCCCCUGGCGGCACCUUGGAAUCUUGGAUCUCCUGCAGGGUUUCCAUGUUAUUAGAGAGAUAAACAGAAGACGUCCAAGCUAGCGUUAUACCAUGACGACAAAGGAGUUUUCACUCCAGUUACUAAAAGAAAUUACGGAUAAUUUUUCUGAGAAGCACAUCAUUGGUCAUGGUGGCUAUGGAGUAGUUUACAAGCAGGGAGUGCUGGCUGAUGGGGAAGAGAUUGCUCUCAAAAGGCUUUAUCCCGUGCCUGGGCUUGAUGACACGCAAUUUACGAACGAGUUUAAUAAUCUUAUGAAGGCCCAACAUCCAAAUGUUACCCGGCUGAUUGGCUACUGUUAUAAUGUAAAAAAUGAACGCGUUAAGCUCAAUGAUAAGUAUGUUUUUGCCCAUUCGGAUGAAAAAGUUCUAUGCUUCGAAUACUUGAAGGGUGGAAGCCUUGACAAGCACAUUUCAGAUGAAUCGUGCGGACUCAAUUGGCACACCCGCUUCAAAAUUAUUAAGGGCAUUUGUGAGGGCUUAAAUUAUCUUCACAAUGGAUCCAAAGAUCCUAUUUACCAUCUUGACUUGAAACCCGAGAAUAUAAUGUUGGACGAGAAUAUGGUCCCCAAAAUUGGAGAUUUUGGUUUGUCGAGACUCUUCCCCUCAGCACGAACCUAUGUCACAAUCAAAGUCAUAGGAACAAUUGGAUACAUGCCACCAGAAUUCAUCGAGAGACGCGAAAUUACAUCAAAGUUUGAUAUAUUCAGUUUGGGUGUUACGAUCACGAGGAUAGUGGCUGGAUAUGACGGCUACUCCAAAUGUGCACGCAUGUCUCUAGAAGAAUUUAUUAAGCAUGUGCAUGAAAACUGGGAAAAACGGUUACAAGACACAAUGUCGUCGUACACACCAGAGCAAGUUACAACAUGCAUCAAAAUAGCAUUAAGCUGCGUGGAAAACACGCGUGAGAAAAGGCCUAAUAUUGCCGAAAUUGUUGAUAAACUGAACAUGGUUGAUACAACAGAAAGUUUAUCUACAAGCCAGAUCGCCAAGAAACGAAGCUGGAACUCAGGUGAUCAGUUUUUGAAACACCUACCAGAGCGGCUCAGCUUCUUCCCCGUUGGCGCGCGGGACGUUUUGUCGGCGCCGGCUGGCCCUUUCUCCCGCUUGUCCCCGCUCGGAGCCGGUGCCACGCUGGCGGAGUCGACGAAGAUGCUGGGAUGCCACGUGUACAGCAAAUACUUCGGCUCGCGCAAGGCGCGGGAGCGGUGGUGGCGAUCGCUGCUGGUGCUCUGGAUCAUCGGCUCCACGCUCGCCUCCUUCCACCUCUUCCACUACAUCAACUCCAACGCCGUCGAGAAGCGCCGGGACUCGCUCGCCAGCAUGUGCGACGAGCGCGCCCGCAUGCUCCAGGAUCAGUUCAACGUCAGCAUGAACCACCUCCAUGCCCUCGCCAUCCUCGUCAACACCUUCCACCACUCCGGGAAUCCUUCCUCCAUCAACCAGGUGACAUUCGCGACGUACAUGGAGAGGACGGCGUUCGAGCGGCCGCUGACAAGCGGGGUCGCUUACGCGGUGCGGGUCACGCACGCCGAGCGGGACCAGUUCGAGCGGCAGCAGGGGUGGAGCAUCAAGAAGAUGUACUCCCCGAAUUCGCAGGGGGAGGGGGACGCCGCCGGGGCGAUGAUCCGCGAGCCGGACGAGGAGUACGCCCCUGUCAUCUUCGCGCAGGACGCCUACAAGAACGUCAUCUCAUUUGACAUGCUCUCCGGCGCUGAUGAUCGCGAAAACAUCAUACGAGCUAGAGAAUCUGGGAGGGGUGCUCUGACUGCUCCUUUCCAGCUACUGAAUGGCCGCAUCGGUGUGAUCUUGACAUACUCUGUGUACACGUCCGAGGCCGUUGUAAAUGCGAGGCCGCAGGAGCUCACCCAAGCUGCCAUAGGCUAUCUAGGUGCCAUAAUUGAUAUGGAAGCACUUGUUGAUAAGUUGCUUCAUCAGCUUGCGGGGAAGCAAUCCAUCAUGGUAAACGUGUAUGAUACUACUUAUGAGUACCCAAUCCGUAUGUACGGUUCGAAUGAUAAAGGCAGUGGGAUGUACCAUAACAGCUCGCUCAACUUUGGCGAUCCGUCUAGAAGGCAUGUGAUGCAUUGCAGGUGGUGAUGGAAAGAUGGAUCAAAGUUGGAUGUAUAAAACCAGACCCUGGGUGUCAAAAAAUUCCUUUCAAGGUUUGACUAAGUUCUUAGAGGUUGCGGUGCAAGAUAUGACACAAAGGGGUGCCAAAAAAAUAUGUUGUACAUGUUGUGUUUGCGGAAACAUUAUUCUCUGUAUACACUUGACUCUGGCAAGUUGCAUCAACACUUGUUGUAAAUGGUUUCAUGCCUGGUUGUACAAGAUGGCAAGUCAUGUUGAGGAGGAUGAUUGGAUGUCAGAUGAAGAAGCAGGGCAUGUAGACUCAGAAUAAGAAGGGAGAUGGAGCACCAAGAGGCCGGACAUGAUGAAUAGUCUAAUGGACAUGAAGAGGCCUAAUCAGUGAAGUGUCCAAUGGACAUGAAGAAGCUGAAGCGGACACGACACACAUAGGAGGAAAGUUGGCCGGAAUGGUCUAGGGCCCUCAUGUGCAAGAGUUGAUUAUGGAAGAGACUACCAGUGAGAGAGGGGCUUGUGGAGAGGCUGCCAAACUAGAGACUCUUAGAAAGACUCAAAAACUCCAUUGUACAUGGGUUGCAAGCCGAAACACACCCGCCUUAGUGUCACAAUCAAUCUUGUGGA